GUCAUAACAGUAAAUGAUUUCCACCUCGCUCUUAAUUUUCUACAAAUCAUCUCUUUCUUCACCUAACGACGAUGGAUCUCCGAUUCUUGGCGUCCUUGACCCUUCUUCUCGGUCUAUUCUUCGUCAAUACAAAUCCAACAGGUGGACAAGUCGGCGUUUGCUAUGGAAGAAACGGCAACAACCUCCCUUCACCAGCAGAAACCAUUGCGCUCUUCAAACAGAAAAACAUCCAACGAGUUAGGCUAUACAGUCCGGACCACGACGUUCUAGCCGCCCUACGUGGCUCCAACAUCGAGGUAACGCUGGGUCUUCCCAACUCUUACCUACAGAGCGUGGCCUCGAGCCAAUCACAAGCUAACGCGUGGGUACAAACCUACGUCAUGAACUACGCGAAUGGCGUCAGGUUCCGUUACAUAUCUGUUGGGAAUGAAGUUAAAAUCUCCGACUCUUACGCACAGUUCCUAGUCCCUGCCAUGGAAAACAUUGACCGGGCGGUUUUAGCAGCCGGACUCGGUGGUCGUAUCAAGGUAUCCACAUCGGUAGACAUGGGAGUGCUCCGAGAGUCUUAUCCACCAUCGAAAGGUUCGUUUAGGGGAGAUGUUAUGGUGGUAAUGGAACCAAUCAUACGUUUCUUGGUAAGCAAGAACUCUCCUUUACUCUUAAACCUCUACACUUACUUCAGCUACGCGGGCAAUGUAGGCCAAAUCCGGCUCGAUUACGCUCUCUUCACGGCUCCUUCAGGAAUCGUUUCGGACCCUCCUAGAUCUUACCAAAACCUAUUUGAUGCGAUGCUCGAUGCGAUGUACUCGGCUCUAGAGAAAUCGGGUGGCGCAUCAUUGGAAAUAGUUGUGGCGGAGACUGGAUGGCCAACGGGAGGAGGAACCGAUACAAACAUAGAGAAUGCGAGAAUUUAUAACAAUAAUUUGAUUAAGCAUGUGAAGAAUGGGACACCGAAGAGACCAGGGAAAGAAAUCGAGACAUAUUUAUUUGCCAUUUAUGACGAGAAUCAAAAGCCGACUCCUCCUUAUGUUGAGAAGUUUUGGGGAUUGUUCUAUCCCAACAAGCAGCCUAAGUAUGAUAUUAACUUUUAUUGAGCCGAACCAAUAUUCUAUCAAGGGAAUGGUAUAUUUAUAUUUGAAAACUAAUAUAGAUAUUGGUACUAUCAUUCAUUAUACAAUAAAUAAAGUUUGAGG